GUGAAGACAUGCAAGUGAGAAAAUGCAACCCAUCCCUCGAGACCGGUGUGCGCAGCUCGAGGUUCGCGUGUAGAGCCGCUGGCUCAGAUAAGGAGGUGGUGCAGAGGUAUGUCAGCCAAGAUGUCGUGGUGGCAGCUCACGUUUGUCUUCUGCGUUUUUCUGACGGCGAACGUCGCUGACGCCAAACCAAUCGUCGUCGUCGAGGAGAUCCUCUCACCUUCGGUCGGCGAGGAAGAUGAAUUCCCACCGGUCUACGUAGACACCGCCGCCAACGACGACGACGACGCAGCCUCUGAAGCCAGGAAAGCCUUGCUAGACCGACCGCAGGGAAUCGACAACACCAUCCUCUCGCCCGGCGUUCCGAACCGAUCUUGGGACCCAAACAGAAUCGACGAACAGAAUUCUUGGGAUUUCAACCGACUCAAUGGAGGAUUCGACGGAAAUCAGCUGUACCCUUCCCAGUUUGACGACGACGACGACGACGUUUUCAGGCCAUUACCGGUGCAGACCACACCGCCUCCCCCGCCACCACCGCCUGCACGCCCGCAGAUCUCGCUGCUCAGGCUGGCUGAGCAGAUCAAGAAGCUGGAGCGGAGGAUGACCGCCAGGAGAGCCGACAUCUCCAGGCAGGUGGACAAGGAGUCGCGCAGGAGGAAGGAGCUAGAACUCGUCAUCAGAAGACAGGGUAAGUUGAUCCGUGAGUUGCGUGUGAAGAACAAGUUUCUCCGAGACAUGGUGAACAACCAGGAGGAAAUCCUGGAGGACCUGCGAGAGGAGGACGAGGCGGAGGCGGUGGCGGUGACCAGGGAUCCCGCACCAAGCCCAAGGUUCAACAGGGCUGCCUGGUUAAGGAACUAAAACAGCCGAAGGGCUGUUUACAUUAGCCAGUUGUUUAGGCCGCAUUGAUUUAAUUCUAAGGGUGACAUCCCCAAACAAAUGCAAGAGGGCAACAAAAUGGAUAUCCCGCGGCAAAAAAAAAAGAAGGGGAAUGGCCGGAAAUUAAUGAUCGGAUUUUAUCCAUAGGGUUAAAUCGGUGUGGCCGGGGGUACGGUAAAAUGUAAAAGAAGAGAGGUCAGUCAUUAGAUAGGCAAUGGCAAUGGUAGAAACGUGUAUUUGAAAUAAUAUAGCAGGGGGUCGCCAAAUACAUACGUGUAACUAAUUCAGUCCCUAUGAAGGUAAUGAUAACCUUUGACAUGGAAAGCGAUUCACAACAAUAGUCGACUUUCAGCAUGAAUUAUUACAUAACAUGAAGACACUAUAUGAGGAUAGCCUUUUAAAGUACCUGGGCAUCCAGCAGAAUGUUGUAUUCUAGGGAUUUCAACAUUCAGCCCUUUGAGGCUUGUAGUCUAGUUGAAGUUGUCUAAAUGUCACUUUACGCUUCCUUUAAUAUUACCUUUAUUCAAUAUUUCUUUGUUUUGUUCUCUUAUUCCAAAUUUGUUAUAGUUGUUCUUCGUUAAGAGCUGAUACUGCGUUUAUUUCAUCACUCCUUACUUAAGUACUAGAAGCAUAGAAAACAGUAGGAAAAUGAAAGUUUACAACACAAGGGAGUUAUUGUGUGAGUCAUAAAAUUGAUAACGUUUCUAUAUAGUCUUAAGCUAUAUAUCUUGGUAUUCCAGUAGCUAGUUGAUCGAAUACAUUAAGUGGUCAAGAUGAAGUGAUGGUGAUGUUUGAAGAUGAAUAAACGUGUCAGCUUCCAAAUUUAACAUU